AUGAUCGGUCUGUUUGUCCCCGUAUUUUUCGAGACCAUUGAUUACACAGUCGUCUCUACUGCCCAGGUCCACAUUGCAUCUGCUUUCAAUCGCCUGGAUCUCGAGAGUUAUAUUGGCACUGCCUUCUUACUAACAUCUACCGUCUUUCUACCCGUCUUCGCAUCUAUUGCCGAUGUAUGGGAUCGUCACUGGACUCUCCAACUAUCCCUCGUUUUCUUUAUCGUCGGCAGUGCUGUCAGCACCGGCAGCGAGAACAUGGCAACCAUGCUCGCCGGACGGGGCAUUGCCGGCAUUGGCGCUGCAGGAUUGCAGGCGGUCGUCAGAAUUAUCAUGGCCGACUCGCGUUCCCUGAAUGAUAACAAUUGGCAACAAACUCUAUUAUUUUUCUUGUACACCGUUGGCUUCUGCGUCGGCCCUGUCAUUGGUGGUGCACUGCUUAGUGUAUCCUUCAGAUGGAUCUUUGCUAUCAACUUGCCCACUUCAUUUGUAGGAAUUGUGCUUGCUUUUCUCUUCCUCAGGACUCGGACAAAAGGUCGAGGAUUUACUGACUCUCCUUCGGUUGAGAAGGAGUCCACCCUCGAAAGACUUGCCCGUGUAGAUUGGUUCGGAGCUUCGCUGUUCAUGGCGGGCGGCAUCCUCAUUCUGCUCGCCCUCAACUGGGGGUCUGUCUUUGGCUGGAACUCGGGGCGCGUCAUCGCCUGCUUCGUAGUCGGUGGUAUCGUGUAUAUUGUCUUCAUCGGUCUGGAGUUAUUCCUCGGGCGCACGGCGAGUCACGCCGCGUCCUCUAUCAGGCGUGUCCUCCCCAUGGACCCAAUGAUCCCAAUGGAUAUAUUCAGUUCGUAUGAUGUCUGUAUCGACCUGUUUACCAUGUUCGUCUCCGGGCUGGUUAUGCUGGUCGCGUUCUACUUUAUUUCAAUCUACAUGAUCGUCGUCACGGGCCUGUCGUCUACCAAGGCUGGUGCACAGUUGAUCUACUUUGCACCUGGUAUGGGAGUCGGAAGCUUGCUUCAGAUUCAGAUGGUGAAAUAUCUCAGACAGCCGAAAUAUCCGAUUAUACUCGGAACCACUAUCACGCCCAUUGCUCUUGGCUUGAUUUCGAUGGCAAUGCAGAAUAUUAAGCGGCCCCAGAUAAAUGGCUUCUUGGCCAUGGCUGGUUCUACGGCUGUGCACAUCCGGUUUUUGCAGUCUAACGACAGGGUAGCCAUCGUCGCUGCGCUCACGCUAUUCUUCCGCUCCCUUGGCGGCACAGUCGGGCUCGCGCAGUGCGGCGCCGUGCUGAACUCCAAGAUCCAGAGCCACAUGGCGUCGCUCACCAGCUCAGGCCUACUCACCCCUGCGCAGGCGAGCGAGCUCUCACAGAGCGCCGGCUCGCUCACGUCACUGCAGAGCAUCGACGCGCUCCCGCUCGAGGUGCAGGCGCUCGUACGCGAGGCGUUCCGCAGCGGCUCACGCUGGAGCUUCAUCUCGCUCAUCCCGUGGGCCGGCCUUGCGUGCAUCUGCACAUUCUUCUUGUCGAGGAUUAAGGACACAAACGUACCACAGCCCCCGUCGCCCAAGGAGGUGCCUUUGGAGGCAGUGAGCGAGAGUAUGCCGCCUGGAGACGCUACUGCUGAUAAGGACUUGAUCACCGUUGAGCUGGAUUCUAAGGUUGUAUGA